GAGAAUUUUCAUCUGUCCUCCCACACGAGCGUUCGAAACCUUGUUUUUGCUGCAUGAAUGCUUAUAUUUCAAAGUCAGCAUCAAAGUUCCUAAGGCUAAGUGAGGAGAUGAUUUAGCACAUUUUCCUGAUUGCAGCUUGUUGUGAUUGUUUCUUUCCUCCAACAGUUAUUUUGCUUCCCUGUUUCUUUUGGCGCUCCCCAAAACAGUUCUUCCAGGCAAACACUAUAAUUCUUAUUCUAACUAGCACACAGAGGCGAGUCUCUUGCUCCCACCUGUUUUUACCUGCUUCUGGCAAGAACAUUGCAUGUCUAUCCCUUUUGAAAGGUAUCUGCAAGCCAAAAUGCAAUCCCUCUACCACUUACUUGGAAUGAAAUGCAGUUUAACACCACAUACAACAUCUUUGCUGAUUUUUGGGGGAAGUGGUGCCAACAUAACUAGGACAGCUUUCCUGAAGCUGAGUAGUACUCAGAAUCCUGAUAUGCAAGGGUGAGGACCCUUCAGCCCAGCUGGCACGACAAUUAGGGAUGAUUCUGUCCCAGAGGAUAAUAUUUGGAGGGGUAUCCUCUCUGUGAUUUUCUUCUUUCUAAUCAUCAGUGUUCUAGCUUUUCCUAAUGGACCAUUUACACGUCCCCACCCUGCAAUAUGGAGAAUGGUUUUUGGUCUCAGUGUGCUCUAUUUUCUGUUCCUGGUGUUCGUGCUCUUCCUUAACUUUGAGCAGGUAAAAGCAGUGAUGUACUGGCUGGAUCCUAAUCUUCGAUAUGCCACAAGGGAAGCAGAUAUUAUGGAGUAUGCUGUGAACUGUCAUGUUAUCACCUGGGAGAGAAUCCUCAGCCACUUUGAUAUAUUUGCUUUUGGGCAUUUCUGGGGCUGGGCUAUGAAGGCUUUGCUGAUCCGCAGCUAUGGGCUGUGCUGGACUAUUAGCAUCACCUGGGAGCUCACUGAGCUCUUCUUCAUGCACCUUCUGCCUAAUUUUGCUGAAUGCUGGUGGGAUCAAGUCAUUUUGGACAUCCUGCUUUGUAACGGGGGUGGCAUCUGGUUGGGCAUGGUAGUUUGUCGUUUCUUGGAGAUGAGGACCUAUCACUGGGCAAGCUUCAAGGACAUUCACACGACCACAGGGAAAAUCAAAAGAGCUGUAUUGCAGUUCACCCCAGCCAGCUGGACCUAUGUCCGCUGGUUUGACCCUAAGUCUUCAUUUCAAAGAGUGGCUGGAAUCUACCUUUUCAUGAUCAUUUGGCAGCUGACUGAGUUGAACACAUUCUUUUUGAAACAUAUCUUUGUGUUCCAAGCAAGCCACCCUUUAAGCUGGGGGAGAAUUCUCUUCAUAGGAAUCAUUACAGCACCCACUGUAAGGCAAUACUAUGCGUACCUCACAGAUACACAGUGCAAGAGGGUGGGAACUCAGUGCUGGGUGUUCGGGGUUAUUGCUUUCCUUGAAGCUAUUGUGUGCAUAAAGUUUGGACAGGAUCUUUUUUCCAAAACACAAAUACUGUAUGUUGUGUUUUGGCUUCUCUGUGUGGCCUUUACAACUUUCCUGUGUUUAUAUGGUAUGGUUUGGUACGCAGAAUACUACGGCCACCGAGAAAAGACCUUAUCAGAAAGUGAAGACAGCCCAUACAGUCCAGAUGCUUCCUGGCUUCAUUCUAAAUUCACCAGAGCAGGUGCUGACAAUAGUCCACCAAAACAUUCAGUCAAUAGUGAAAGCCAUUCAUCUAGAAGGAGGAAUCGGCACUCCAAAUCAAAAGUAACGAAUGGAAUCGGCAAGAAGUAAGAAUGGUCUCUGAAGAUAUCCUACAGUGUGACCAGAGGUGACAAAGAAAAUCAGACCUGAAUUGGCUCUGAAUUUCCAAAUGGAAGAUUGAUUUUUAAAUUUAAAAGUUAAAGAAAGGAGGUGUUGAAGGAAAGGAUGAUCAAGAUGGAGCCACCAGCGUGUAGUGCAAAUCAUUGCCUGCUGACACUUGCCAUUCACGGAUUUAAAUCUAGUUUCUUCAGUGUGUGGCACCAAAAGCUAAUGAAGAGUAUGCUGGAAAGAAAAGUAAUUUUGUCAUAGCAGGUACACCCUGUUUUGUGUUCAGGUGUUACAAGUGCAUUUUUAAUAUCUUAGUUGAGGACUUAAACACAAAGGUUAGUAAACUGAUAAUCAGUUGGCAUAGUUGGUUGGAUUUUUUUGUUUUGCUUUGUUUUACUGUGUUUUUGUUGUUUUCUAGAAGAGUGUGCAAUCCUUUGACUAAAAGCAACUCUGCCCUUCUUUCUCAGUCUCACGCUAAACUUUUCUGUACAACAGUUAGUAAGUAUUUAAAAUUUCCAUACUUGUAUCCAUCUGCUUGCUUUUAUGUAAAGGCUCUUUAGACCUGGUGACAGGGUUUUACCAGCAAAUAAAUGGGUCCAGGUUUCUUGUAAAGAAUGUGAAACUGAUCUUCAAACAUGGUUCUUUUGUUGCGCAUUGUCCUUCUGCUUGACAGUUACACAUUCGAUUUCUUUUAUGUUUUUAAAAUACUUAGAUAAAAGCCUGUUGCAAAGUAGAGGGCCGUGCCUCCUGCCCUCAGAGACAGAUUUCAUGUCACUUAGUUGUUUUUCCUCCUUUACUGCAGCGUAUUUUGCACCUUCAAGUGCAAAUAUGUCACUUUUUCAGCUGUGACACAUUGUGUACAAUGUUCCUUCCCACUCCCCUCUAAUUUGCCUCUGCCUCAGCUGGAACCAGAAAUCCCAGUGUCUUCAGACUGAUAUCAGAAACUGCUUUGAAGGCUCUGAUGCCCUACUAAGCCUGGUGAUAAGGCAGUUUUUUGCUGAAGCCGAGUUGCUUACUACUUCCAUAAACAUAAUUAUUUGUGAAAGCUUGCUGUAGUCUUUGGUGUCUGAGAGGCAGUAUGAUAUUACUAUGAUAUACCCCAUUGCUUUGGUAUUUCCUAUCAUGCAGUCAGAUACCCAACAGCAAAGUCACUCUUUCUUGCAAGGUGGGGUUUUUUUGUGUGGUUUGUUUUUGUUUUGUUUUGUUUUUUUAAUGUAUUAAUUCUGACAUCCAGCAAAGUGGAUAAUUCGCCAGCAGUGAACAUAAUGAUUAAGUCAAGAGGUAAACAAUCAAGAGCAAUCAGUUCCUGUAUUACGUUAUCAAAAUGUUUUUGUGCCAAUUAGAUUUUGGGAUUCAUGGGGUUCAGAGGGGUAGAUAGCUUAAGCAAGGAUAAGUAAUACCCAUUUAGUCACUUAGUCUUCAUAAGAAAAUGGGAUUUCCUUUUUCUUUGAAUAAUGUUACUGUGAUUUGCCACAGGCUAAGUACUGAAAAAAAGAAUGCAGCAGAGACUUUAUACAAGUGUAUGAUACUGUAAAUAGAAAAAAGUAUCCUGUGUAAUCCAUUAAUUCCUAUGUGCCACAGAUUAUUGAUGUUUUCAAUGCACUUAAGUGUUGCUGCUGAACUCCUCGGAAGCCCUUAAUUUCCCACCCCCCUUUUCAAUCAAACAUAAAGUGUACAACUUGGGAAGUAACAUAGUAGAAGCUGCUAUAUCAUCAUUGCUACAGUGACAUUAAAUGUUACAUGAGAAAAAAUGUUAGGAAGACUUCCAGGCUUUCCUACAACUACUUGGUUUCCAUUCAUACUAUAGCAAUUCCAUGUAUUGCCUCCUUAUUCGUAAUGUACUACAUACUGAUGAAUGUAUUUGUAGAUUUCUUUGGAUACUGAGACUUGUUACUUUUUUAUUUUCUUGGUUAAUAACUCAGUCUGUGUAAGACUGAAGAAUGGCAUUGUAAAUUUUCUAUCGAUUCGAUACCAAAGCAAGAGAUUGGAAGCCUAACGGUUUAGAUAUAUUAAGUACUGUGGUUUUCAAAGAUGAGAGCUUGUUUUGUACUUGCAAGGAGUAUACACACCAACUAUGUAUACAAAGCUUACGUGUGUAAGCAGAUGCUGAAGUACAAUAUCUACUUGCCUGUGGGGACAAGCACACAUUUUGUAAAUGCAGACCUGGUGCUCACACUGCUGAACUGCACCCUAAAGGUAUUGGAAAGGCAAAUACGAAGUGUCAUCUUGUUGGAAGCUGACUUCUGUAUACUAUUACAACAGCUUGGCCUUGAAGAAAUGUUGUUUGACAACAACUUUAAAAAUACUUCCCAUGAAGCCUUUUCACUUUAAUUUUUUUGUGUUUGGUUGGGCUUUUUUAUGGUGUGGUUUUUUUUUUUUACUACUUUAAAAGAGGGAUGGCUAGGGAGAGGGGAAACUUAAGUAAACUAUUCUAGUGCUGCUUGGAAAAUGGCACUUUGUGUCCUCUGUCAGCAGUUCUGGCUGGAAUUCAUGUGUUCUCACAAGUCCUCCACUGACUGACAACUGCGCCCCAUCAUUUUGGAUGUGAACUUUGCACUGUCAGGCAUUGGAAAGGUGCUUUUGAUCACUGCUGUAAAAUUAGUGAUCUCAAUUUUAUCAUUUACUGCGCUAUUGCUGAAUUCUGUAUGUAUAUAACACCUACAAUGACAAAUCACUGAGCUGUUUAGCAGCAAGCAUCCAUGUAUGAGUUCUGCUGCUUGAACAGUAUUUUGUAACAGUCAUAGAUGCACUGUCCUGUUUUCAACUACUUGUUCUGUCACAGCCUCUCAUUCCUACUUUCCUGCUUCUGAUGUUCUUUCCUUUCUUUGUCCUCUAGUGAUCUCCCCUGCUGCUGUGGAGAGAUCUGAAUUGGCCCUCCAGAGGCUGUCCAUCAAUGAUGUCAGUCAUUGAAGGGAGGCUAAUUCGGGGCAGCGUGGUGUAAGCAGAGGGUAGUGGCAAGAACUUUAAGUAGUGGAUUAAAUAAAAAUGGAAAGUUUUAAAAUGCAGGUAUAUAGUGAACCAGAGCUAGCCUUGAGUACUGGAUUCCAGUAUUAAAGUUGCUGCAUAGAUCAUACACAUCUAAUUAAAUAUUUGGAGUGUGAUUUCAACCAGUGCUUUUGUUACUCUUCUGUGAAGAUCGUCAUUUGAUGUUCCAGCUGUUAAAACUUUAAUAUUUUUUACUUUGUUAUCACAAGAGGACACAGAUGUUACCAUGUAUUUAAUAGUUUUUGAAUAGAGUUGCUCUGUAUUAAUUGCAAAGUAUUGUAUUUUGCAAUAACUCAGUAAAUCAACCCAUGUCACCAG